AUGAGCGGAUUAGAGUCAUCAGAGAUUUGGGGCGCAGACGAUGGACUGGAUCCGGAGAUCCUGCUCAUGUCAAAUGAGGAGUUACGUCAGCGUAUACGUCUGCUGGAUAACGACAUCCGUAUUAUGCGCAGCGAUACACAGCGUAUCAACCACGAGAGUAAUUCACAGCGUGAUCGGAUUAAAGAGAACAAUGAAAAGGUGAAACUUAAUAUGCAAUUGCCGUACUUAGUGGCAAAUGUGGUGGAAAUAUUGGAGCUAGAAGAUGAUGAGGAUGAACAGGACGGUGCUGCAACGGACGUUGAUGCUCAGCGCAAGGGUAAAAGUGCCGUCAUCAAGACAAGUACACGACAAACAAUCUUUUUGCCAAUCCCGGGGCUUGUAGACUCAACGACAUUGAUACCAAAUGAUCUAGUAGGUGUCAAUAAAGACAGUUAUCUGAUUCUAGAGAAGCUGCCAUGUGAAUACGACUCGAGAGUUAAAGCUAUGGAAGUGGAUGAAAAGCCUACGGAAGAAUACAGUGAUAUUGGUGGACUGGAUAAACAGAUCCAAGAGCUUGUGGAAGCCGUUGUACUACCUAUGACACACAAGGAGAAGUUUGAAGCUAUUGGCAUUAUGCCACCGAAGGGUGUGCUACUCCAUGGACCUCCUGGUACGGGCAAGACGCUACUGGCACGAGCAUGUGCCAAACAGACAGAUGCUAUUUUUUUGAAGCUGGCAGCCCCACAAUUGGUACAAAUGUUUAUUGGUGAUGGUGCAAAACUUGUGAGAGAUGCCUUUGAAUUGGCUAAAGAGAAGAUCAAAGAAGGAAAUCGUGGUGGUGCAAUUAUCUUUAUUGAUGAGUUGGAUGCCAUUGGUACCAAGAGAUUCGGUGGUGAGCAAUCGGGUGAUCGUGAAGUGCAGCGUACGAUGCUGGAACUGCUGAAUCAGCUGGAUGGGUUCACAAACAACACAAAGAUUAAGGUCAUUGCUGCCACGAACCGUCCUGAUGUACUGGACCCUGCCCUGCUUCGUUCUGGACGUUUGGAUCGCAAGAUUGAGCUGCCGCACCCUACUGAAGAAGCUCGCGCUCGCAUUUUGCAGAUUCACUCGCGUAAAAUGAAUGUUGACACGGAAGACACCAACUUCGAUGAGCUGGCACGCUCCACUGAUGACUUCAACGGCGCACAGUUGAAGGCGGUUUGCGUGGAGGCUGGUAUGCUGGCAUUACGUCGCGAUAGCAACGUAAUCAAGCACGAGGACUUCAUGGAGGGUAUUUCCGUUGUAUCAGCCAAGAAGAAGGCGACGCUCCAGUACUACGCUUAG